CGUCACCAAAGUGCGCACUUGCAGGGCUUCAGGGCGCCAUUUGGGACAGAGCCAGUGCUUCACGUGUAGCGGAACUUCCUGCGCUGCGUGUGAAUGAGAAAGACGUGUGUAAGAUCAGGAGUCACGUGAUUUCGUGUGUCUCAGUGCAGAUGCCAGAAUGGAAGGAGGGACAGCAUCAGUGGCCUGCAGGUCUCCUCAUGCAGGCUUUCAUGGCAGCAUCAAGAACUCAGCCCAGGACUUUGUAGUCACUGAGAUAGAUGUGCAGGGGCAACUUGUGAACAGUCCAGGUGCUCUGGAGGAACCUGUGAAGAAUAAAGCUGGUAUCAGAGAGUUUGUGCACAGAGACAGUGUCAGAGUGAAGCUGAGUGAGGAAACACCUUCCAGUGAGGUCACGUGUGAUGCUGGCAACUUAAACAGUGGUGAGGGUUUGAGCCAGGAGGGUUUGGACCUGAGUGUAAUUCUGAGCUGUUCUGUAAAUAAGACCUUAGAACAAUUUGCCAGCACCGUCCAGGGUUGUAGUGAGGUGCAGAAGAACUUGGAAAUGUCCCUUGGAGCCUUUCCAGACAAACACCAGCGAGCCAUCGUGCACAGCGCAGUGAAGUCCAGCUACCCUUUUCUCAUGACUGUCACCAACCGUGAGGAGAUCCUGGUCAGAGAGGACCCAGACUUCAGAGCACUUUCAAAGUUAGUAUCGGUGGAGGAAGCGGAGGAUUUCUUCAGGUUUAAAGAUGCGAAAGUUCCUGGCUCCACGUUCACCUUCUUGCCUGAUGACAUCAAGGAGCACCGGACGUCUGUUCACCAUUUUGUGAGCAGAAAGUUUGGAAAGCUGAUGGAGACGAAGAGCUUCAUGACGCAGGGCAGAACUGCUAUUACGGUGAGGCUGAGAGAGCGAGGGAGACAGGACAGGAAGAGGACGGCAGCAGAUCGGGAUGAGCAGGAUAUCUACACAGGUUUCACCCUAAGAAAAGAAAAUCUUGAGACUUUAGAGGCCAUCAGCUAUAUGGCAGCAGUGCUUGGAGUUCUUCCUUCUGAUUUCUCCUACGCUGGCAUCAAAGACAAACGAGCCGUAACCUAUCAGUCAAUGGUCGUAAAGAAGAUUUCUCCAGAACGGUUGUUGGCGAAGGCUUAUAUGUUUGAGAGGAAAGGAAUACAGCUGUCUAAAAUCCGUCCAGUAUCCGAACCCCUUCGGCUUGGAAGGCUAGCAGGCAACCAUUUUGACCUCGUCGUCCGGGACCUGAAGCCUCACAAGAGUAGUUCAGUAGAUCUAGAAAGUCUUGUGAAAGAGGCUGUGGAGAAUGUAAAGACUCGGGGCUUUGUGAAUUAUUAUGGACCGCAGAGGUUUGGAAGUAGCCAGAAAGUUCAAGCAGACCAAGUGGGACUUGCGCUUCUGAAGGAGGACAUGAAUACAGCUCUCAGGUUGUUUCUGAGCCCAGAGGAAGGUGAUGACCUCGAAAAUAAAGCCAAGCAACAUUUCCAUCAGACAGGGAAUGCCAAAGAAAGCCUGGCUCUGAUGCCUCUGCAUAAGGCCAGAGAGAGGCUGAUGCUACGAGCUCUGCACCGCUACGGCAGCGGCCCGGAAGGUGGAAAUCAGGCUUGGCUCAGUCUGCCACACAGCAUGAGGGUCUUUUACCUCCACGCCUACUGCAGUCGGUUGUGGAAUGAAGCAGCGUGCUUUAGGCUGCAGACUCUAGGACCUAGGCCUGUACAGGGAGACCUGGUCUCAGCGGCGGCAUGCAGAGAUAGCCAAGCAGAAGAAGAAACCCACGCAUCACAGGUCCAUGUUGUCACUGCUGCAGAAGAGCAUGACGGUGUCUUCUCACUAGAUCAGGUGGUCCUUCCAAUGCCAGGCAACAGUGUGAAGUACCCAGAGAAUGCGGUCGGCUUGUGGUAUCAGGACAGGCUGGGACAGGACGGCCUUGGCUCAUGUAGAUUCAGAAUCCCCUCACUUAAACUCAACGUCCCGGGAUGCUAUCGCCCCCUUCUGUCUUACCCUCGUAAUGUCUCCUAUAGCCUACACAUUGAUGAGGACACACAGGACACUGGGUUGUCAGCACCACCGAGCAGAACUAGCCUGGCGUUGUCCUUUAACCUGAACGCAUCCUGUUAUGCAACAGUCUGUCUCAGAGAAAUCAUGAAGUGUGAACUAUAGAAGCUCCUAGUUACUAUCACAGAACAACUAUGAGGAUGGAUUUUGUGUUUAAAUACCACACUGGACUUGCAGACUUAGAUUACAUAGACAUUCAAACAGGGCAAUAUAUGAAAAAAACACACUGAAAGAAACACUGACUAUUGGAUUCUGAUGAAAUGCACUAAAUGUCAAAUAAUGCUAUAACAUUAUUAUAUUUGAAGAGUUAACAUUGCUAUUGGUCCAUUUAUUUUGAAACAAAAAUUGAAUUAAUAAAUAAGCAGUGUGCACAAGAAUGAUGAAUUCACUCAGAGCCUUAAGCACUAUAAAGAUCUUUCACAGCAGGGCUGAAUGGCCCUUUUUUUAGUUUAUGCCUCUUGCAAUCAAACGUUUUCAACCUCACAGAAAACUCGCAGUAGGAUUAGUGCAAUGUGCUGGACACACAUUUUCUUGCUAGUGGCACAGGAUGUACCCUGUACUUCUUUUUAAUCCCUGCUCCACAUACAGUGAGGGGAAAUAAAUAACAGCAACAACAACAAAAAAAAAAGGUCUCUGAAUGUUUAAUAUCCCUCCAGUGCAUAUAUCCACUCACAAUGGUUUUUUUUUUUGACUUUGUACUAAUAAAUAUUAACAAAAAGUAUGAUUACAUAAAAGUAAAUCAAGUUCUAAAUAUAAAUGCUGCAAAAAAAAAAGUUCUCAUGCAAAUUACCCCUGGUGUCUCUAUAAAAGGCAUUGCUGCUUCUUGUGUGAAAUCUUCUCAACCAAUGGCAAUUAUAGCAUCCAGCUUCUUGAAGUUGUUCUCUCAGAGACAACAUUUUUAAACAACUCUCAAAUGGAAAAAGCUACAGGGCGAUAGUAAAGACCUUAAACAUCUCUAUCAGUACAAUUUGUUCGAUAAUAUACAGGUGGCAAGUUCAUUGAAACACAACUAUUCAUCCCCUGCACCACUGAAGAUUUUACAACACGCUCACAGACUAAUGAUAAGGAACGUAAGAGAGAAGCCGGCAAAACUGAAACCUGAAAGCAGCAGGAGUAACAGUUAUACAAAGAACAUGAAACAGUGAACUGCACUGUGAUCAUCUCCAUUCCUACACCUCAUGCACAUCUCCUCUGCUAAAAAAAAAGAAGCACUGAGAAUCAUGUUUAAUGGGACAGUACACUCUGGUCAGUUGAAACUCUGUGGCAUUAAUUCAGUUUGUCAUGUUUGGAGGUAAAAAGGUUGUGUGUAUGAUCCCAAGAACACCAUCAUACCCACAGUGAAGCACGGUGAUGGGAGCAUCACGAUAUGGGGCUGCUUCUCUGCAAACGUUACUGAGGCAUAUCACAUCACUGAAGGAAACGUGAAUGGAGCGACGUACAGGGAGAAAUUAGAGGAGAAUUUAAUCUCAUCAACCAGGAAACUGAUGAAGAAACAGACAACAACCCCAAACAUACAGCCACAAGAACUCAAGAAUGGUUUCUAAAAAUGCUUGCAUGACCUAGACAAUCUCCUGACUUUAUUUUUGGAGGAUUUCAAAAUUGGCUCCACCAGAGGGACCCCUGAAAUCUUGGGGAUUUGAAGAUGAGUGGGCCAAAAUUCAACUACAAUGUGUCAAAACGCUAAUUACUUCUGACUGUAGACAUCUCUAAACUGUUACUGCCAACAACAACUUUGCAGCAAAGUCCUAAUGUUGGUAAUUUGUGGUGUCUGGAUACUUUUUCCAGAAUCAGUUCUGUUUUAAACAAAUCUUUGUUUAUGCUUCUGAGUACAAUCAUUUUUGUUCAUAUUUAUAUAUGUGUGUAAAAUUAAAGUGGAUAAAGUGACUUAUUUCCCCUCGCUGUAAUUAUAAAGCCUGCACUCUGCUGUAUUUACACUGACUUCCCAAGAAUUUAAGCGUGUGUAUUUUUUUUUUUUGUUAGUUCAUUGUUAGUUCAUAGCAAAAAUGAGACCUGAUGACCAAAUGUCAGUUGUGGUUAAUGUAACUAGAGAUAUUGUGACAUUAGUUAUGUAAAGAAAUUGGCUAUGAUUGGCUUAAAGCAAAGUCUGCUAAACUUUAAUCUUCACCACUGUUACUUGACCAAAUUAUUGUACAGAUAUUACUGUACAGGAGAUUUUGUAAGCAUUAGAGAUUAAAUGCUUAUAUAAAAUGAAUAAAGUUUACACACUUAAGCCUUGACUUUUAAAUGUUUAACUGCUGAAGAAUGAAAUUCAAUUUGAAUUCCGUUCCCUCUCAACUUAUUCAAAAUCUAAUGUUAAACUGUGUGAUGUAACUUCAGUAUAACGCAGGAGUCAUGGUUUCCAUAUAAAACCAGUACCUAAAGUAAAUCUGUGUAAGAAUGUGAGUGAAGCGAGCCAUGAUAGCUUUCAUUAGUUUCUGUCUUCAGCUGAUGUUAAAAAAGACUG